AUGAUUUGUCCAAACGGCGAAUUGUACAAGGGCAUCUGUCUGCAAGCCAUUUGUCCCCCCGGGACAGUAUGGCGGGGUAAGAGGUGUCAAGAACCAGAAAAUAUAACCACAAUUCUGGAAAUAGAAAAUGUUGUGACUAAUGAGGUGCUAAGGAGCCCCGUGUAUCUUGAAGUUAAUAGUCAGUAUAAACAGAUUUUAAACGGAACGUCGAAUGUCGAUAGGGACAACAGCAAAAAUAUUGGAACAAGUCUCCCUGCCCAGGAUAUAAGCAUUAGUUCCAAAAACUCCGGGGACUAUAGCUUGCCUAAUACCAACGAAAUAAGUGCAGUACUGAAGGAAUCUGAAAAACUAAUAAAGCCACUGGUUCUCAAUGAUGACACCAAGCCCACAAAUUUACUUGUAAAUAGUCGUGAAAAGGAGGCUGACGAUCAAUCAUCGAAAUCUGUAGGUUGUUGUAAUGUGAGAACAUCGCGUAUUUGCAAGCUUUAUGGCAAGAAGUGGAUUUGUUUUAAUCGUAAUCAACAUUUAUGUGAUGCCAGAGUGUGUAGUGCUCCCACUGUAUAUUUGAGGCCUCCGGAAAUUAAAUACAAACACUCGACUUUAAUUAUGCCGCCGCCGACAACAUUAUCGCCACAAGGUAUUGAUCUUGCAAAUAAUGAUCCAGCGGACUGUUCUGGUUGUCCGCUCAAUCAACCAGAAAACUGCUCCGCUUACUGCUCCCGGUAUAUGUGUCCAAAAAAUGCAUGCAAUUACAUGAAUUUAGAGGAAUAUUGUCACUAUUAUCCCGGAAAAUUUGGAUGCCUACCAGGCGAUGGCUGUUUAUGGAGCUGGUGCGAAUAG